ACACCACCAUCACUUCUCUUUCUUUCUCUCUCUCUCUGUCACUUAUCUUCCUGUCACCCCUUCAGCUCAUAUUCUUACAUUUAAUUCCAUUUGCUUACUUACUUACUUUUACUCCUCUCAUUUAACCAACCACAGGGGCACCAAUGAGAAUCUCGUUGCCUGACGUUUCUCGAGAGGGGUAGAUGCAGCGAAAGAGCGGGUUCCAUUCAUUACACAGGCAGGAGUGUCGUUGCGAAGACGUUUGCAACCAUUCCCGCAGUUCGCAUCACCUUUGACCGUCUCUCUCUCUCUCAUCUGUCACACUCUCGUUAGAUUUUUCCCACCUUUAUUAAGAAAUUGUUGCUUCCACUCGAAGACAAAGCCAUCAUCGGCGGCUCUCGCUUUUCGGUACCUUCUUACCCAUUUUAUACAGAUCAAUUAAGACAUCCAAUGGAUCACCGGAAGAGGUCUUGCAACUUGGAGCCAUCCUCUAAGAUAUCUGAAGACAAAACUCAAAGAAAUGGCUCAACAUUGGAGAAGAAUUCACCAAUUCAUUGCAAACAACAGAAAUAUGUUCUACUGGUUGUGUUUGUCUCACUCAUUAUAGAUCUUCUGGCAUUCACGUUGCUUCUGCCUUUACUGCCAUCCAUUCUUGAUUAUUACCAGCAACAUGAUCGGAGCCGUCUUUAUCUCAGCUUAGAAGAAGCUGUCCGAUACUUCCAGGCUUUGGUCGGAAUACCAAACACUGUCAAAUGGAACACGGUUCUGUUUGGAGGUAUGAUUGGAUCCAUAUUUUCAUUGUUACAGUUCAUAUCUUCCCCAAUAAUUGGAGUUGCAUCCGAUGUCUAUGGACGGAAACCCUUACUUCUUAUUUCUAUGACAGGUGUCGCUAUAUCUCACCUGAUAUGGUCGGUCUCUAACACUUUCCUCCUGUUCAUCAUUGCAAGAAUUAUUGGCGGCAUCAGUAAAGGUAACAUCAGCCUUUCAACUGCUAUAGUCACCGAUGUCUCUUCUGCUGAGAAAAGAGGCCGAGGAAUGGCUUUGAUUGGAAUUGCCUUUUCUCUUGGAUUCAUCAUUGGUCCUUUUAUUGGUGCCAUGUUCUCCAAGUCUGCUGGUAAACAGCAGGGCCUGUUUGUACUUCCUGGUUUAUUUGCUUUUGCCUUAAUUCUGACGGACAUAAUGUUCAUCAUAUUUUAUCUCAACGAAUCUCUACCUCCUGGUAAAAGGGCUAAGUCCUUGUCAUCAAGUUGGAGACAAACCUCACAUCUACUGAACCCGAUGUCUUUGUUCCGGUUUACUGUUGUACGACCUCUCAGAGAAACUGAUAUGUCUUCCAUUCGAAUAAUUGGUUGUGUUUAUUUCCUGUAUUUAUUCAUCUUCUCUGGAUUGGAAUUUACACUGACCUUCCUCACACAUUCCCGUUUUGGUUAUUCCAGCUUACAGAAGGGCAUUAUGUUUAUUUACAUUGGUUCCAUCAUGGCUUUAAUACAAGGUAGCUACACAAGACGAGUACCUUUUGGAAAAGAAAAGAAGGUGGCGUGUAUUGGGAUUGCUGUACUCAUUCCAUCUCUCCUGAUUCUUUCCCUCGCUUCAUCACAGCUGGCUUUAUACUCUGCUCUGGGACUCUUUGCAUUUUGUUCUGCAACUGUGGUGCCAUGUCUAACAACUCUGAUCUCAAGAUACGGCAAAGUUAACCAGAAAGGAGCCAUUGUAGGCGUCUUCCGCUCUCUGGGUGCGCUAGCACGUGCACUGGGACCUGUAGCUAUGUGCACAGUGUAUUGGCUGUUUGGUCCAUUUAUCUGCUACUUGUCCUGUGCUGUUGGUUUACUGGUACCACUCCUGAUAUUACGCUAUUUCAAUUGCACACAACCCGCUGCAGCAUCUUGAAAAAGCAAAAGGAAAACAGAGGAAAUCCGUCGUUCAUUUUCCUGUCUUCAAGUUACACACACACACACACACACACACACACACACUCACACACAUACACGCGCAUGCACACACAUGAUUACACUCGAUGUAUGUUUGUAUAUGUGUGCAAAGA